AUGGCAGAAAUCGAGACUCCUGACGUAGACGCGGAGGAACAACACCGAGAAGAUCAAGUUACUGUUGAUCCUGGGAUUGAGGACACAGAUUCUGCCUAUGGGGAUGAAUUAUCUAUCUAUACUGCGUCUGUAACAUCGAGCGUUACUGACUUCCAAAAAAGAUACCAUGCGUCUAAGGAGGGACGCUAUCUCCUUCCCAAUGAUGAACAGGAGAAUGAUCGCCUUGAUAUGCAUCAUGCGCUUAUCCGUGCUACGCUGAAGGAGAAGCUAUAUCUGGCUCCCAUAAGAGAUGCUCCAGGUCGAGUAAUUGAUAUCUGCACCGGAACUGGUAUCUGGGCAAUCGAGUUUGCCGAUUUGUUUCCAUCUGCUGAAGUCCUCGGAAAUGACCUCAGCCCUAUUCAACCCAAACUCUGCCUCAAACCGGGAGGAUGGGUUGAAUUCCAAGAUUGGGAUGCAAUGAUGCAAUCUGCGGACGGUACAGGGAAAGGCAGCUACAUUGAGCAGUAUAUUACCAGAACGCUUGCUGCCUUUGAGAAAGCUGGCUACAUCGUACGACCAGGCAUAUUUCUAGAGAAAUGGAUGAAGGAUACAGGAUUUGUUAAUGUCAAGGUUACUAAGUUUAUUGUCCCGCUUGGAGCAUGGGCUAAGGAUAAGCAUUACUUCGAGCAGACCCUGGAAGCGAGCGCGAUGGCUGCAUUAACACGUAUCGAAAACUGGACCAAGGAAGAAGUCGACUUUCUUAUCGCAAAGACAAAGAAUGAUGCAAGAAACCCGAAGAUCCAUUCUGAAUUUCAUUUGUAUGUGAUAUACCCUCAAAUUUUGUUUGUCCUUAACAAUGAUUUAAUCGGAUGA